AUGGACACCUGUAUAGCUGACCCUCAGCCUGCGAGCAUCCCUCCCGUACCCCCAAACCUGCCAGUCACGGGUCCCGCAGAGGAGUUUGGUGAUGCGCCGGUCGUGAUGAUGUGUCCACACUGCCAGAUCAGGAUCGUCACGUCCCUCAAAUACGUCAGGGGGACCAUGACCUACGCCACCGUCUUCUUCCUUCUUGUUUCCUUAAUCCCGUGGGUCGUGUGUGCUUGUUUCCUCCCGCUCUUCCUGAAGCCCAUGAUGGACGUGGAACACAGCUGUCCGAACUGCGGCAGUCACCUGGGCAGCUACAAACCGCUCAGAAAUUAACAGGGACCCUUUUCACUAGCUAGAGACGGCAAUUGACCGAUGAGCGAUCAAGAGAGGACUUGUGUGACCUAUUGAAUAUGUUAAUAUGAUGUGUGAUAGUAUGAUUUCAAAGGCAACAACGCAUAAAGAAAGGUUAAGAGAAUUUCGGUCUUUUUAAAAUUCGUUGAACGAUCUGUCACAUAUUUGGUCCAUCAGCGAUCGCAGCCUCUGGUGGAAAGGGGGUGUUAACCCCUACUCAUCUGUGCACCAUGUACACCAUCAUGUACUGUGUACAUGGUCAUCUAAAUAUAUCUGCGCAAAAACAUAGAACAAUGUGUUGCAUUUAUACCUAUUGUCAAUUGAAAUAAUAAGGCGCUGUAAAUGUCUAACAGGUAAGAUUAUUACAGAAAUAAAAUUGGUGUAUUAGUAAUUUACAAACGUAUGAGGUACCGCGGUUCAAGAUUGUCCUGUGUUGUUUAUGUAUUUAGCGUUACAUGACAAUAACAAUUUGUAGAUGAAAAAGAGAAAUAGAUGUAAACUUACAAAAGUUUGGGAGUAGUUACAAACUCCAAAGUAUGAACAAGAGAGGUGUCUGUUUGACCAAUGACAUAUCAAUUUUACUUUAGUCGCAGCGUUUGUGAAACUUGUACAAAUGUAUUUCUGUAUCCAUUGAUUAUGACUUGUACAUUUUGAAAUUAAUGAAGAAUUGUGUAUUAAACGGUAUCGCACUUAAA